GACUGAUUAUUGGUGUGGAUGUGGCAAGUAGCGACUGCAGAUGUGUCGGUGCUGACGUGGCGGGUGGUCACUCUCCUAGAUCUGUCGCGAUUGCGACUGAUCCGGUUCUUGAUUGAGGCGACGUGGCGGUGUCCCGCUCGCUCCUGUCAACGCCCCUCUUCAUGCGCUCUGUGCUUGCCGAUCCCGACUGCUUAGAGCGCAAUGCUGGACUUCUCACAAAUUUUGAAGUUCUGGGGCUCUUACGUCUACGGGGUGCUGACCCUGGUUCAGAUGGCGCUGCUAUUGGGACCGGAGCCACACAAUCGGAAUGCCAGGUAUUUGAGUAUCUUGCGCAGAGUCCUGCCGGAACACAGAAUAGACAGGCUGUUGCGGACUUUAUGAGAGAAGCAGAUGUCUUCGGGCUGUCGGGACUCGAGAGGCUGCAAACAGUCAAUCUCCGGCCAUCUUCUGCUGUCGAGAUUAAUCUGAUGGGUCUGUGGGCACUUGCCGCUUAGAGAAGAGGUUCACAGAGCCCUAAAUUUUCAGGGUUUUUAAGGGGCCUAAAACCCGAUGCAGUAACCCGUGU